UUCCUGGAUGGAGGAAUGGAAAGCUUCCAGCGCCUCUCCAACUAUCCGCUCUCUGUUUGCCCCCAAACCGCUGCCGCCUCCGCAGCGAAGCGCCGCACGGACCGUUGUCACCAGUAGUUCCCGCUGACCGGACCGCCGGUGCCGCUUUAUACAAUCCUCCGCCGACUUGUUAUGUUUGUUUCCGGGAAUAUCGGGGAGCUGGUGUGCGGCCGGAGGUUUUGUUGACAAGGAGAGAGAACAAGAUUCCCCCCCCCCCCUCCUCCUCCUCCUCCUCCAUUAUUGGACGUCUGAAACUCCGCUAGAGAGAGAAAAAAAGAAAAAGAAAAAAGAAAAUCAACUCGGCAGCCGCCGCGUCUCCGCUGUUUCCCCGCGCUGCUCUUUUUUACGCAGUAGGCGUCGAGAAUUCCUUCGAGCAGGGGGGCUAAAAGUCAACAGUUGCCCGGCAUUGCUCCCCAUGCGCAUGUUAUCAUGUGGAGGCUACCGACGUCGGGCUGCUGGUGGAUGUUGUCAGUGGUUCUGUCCACCUCCGCGCUGUUUUGGGCGGACUGUCAUCCCGUGCUGACGGAAAGCAGAGCCGUGUCUCUAGCCCCUCCUCAGGGCCUUCGCAGAACUGUGGCCUGGACGCGACAGAGGAGAGCUGCCGCCGAGGACACCUACUGGGCCUACUCAGGUACAUAUGGGCCAGAUGAAGGCUGGGCGUCGGCCUACCCAGAAUGCCAAGAGAAGAACCAGUCACCAAUCAACAUUGUGGACCAUGAUGCCAAGGUGUCUACAGAGUAUCAGGAAUUGACCCUAGAGGGCUUUGACACUGAGUCUUCAAAUAAGACUUCAAUGAAGAACACCGGCAAAACAGUUGCCAUCAUACUGAAGGAUGAUUACUUUGUGCGGGGAGCAGGCCUACCAGGGAGAUUCAAAGCGGAGAAAGUGGAGUUUCACUGGGGUCCUAGCAAUGCAUCGGAGGGUUCUGAACACAGCAUCAAUGGCCGGCGGUACCCCGUAGAGAUGCAGAUUUACAUGUAUAACUCAGAUGACUUCGACAGCCUCAGCACAGCCAUCAGGGAGAAGAGGAUCAUCGCAGCCAUGGCUGUGUUUUUUCAGGUUGGUGGGAAGGAUAAUCCGGCUGUUGACCCCAUAAUCCAUGGUUUGAGAGGUGUGGUCCAUCAUGAAAAGGAGACGUUCCUGGAGCCUUUUGUGCUGAAGGACCUACUGCCGUCGUCGCUUGGAAGUUACUACCGGUACACUGGCUCUCUGACAACACCCCCCUGUAGUAAAGUGGUUGAGUGGCUCAUCCUCAGCAGACCUGUCUAUGUCUCUUACAAACAGUUGGAGGCUUUCUACUCUAUCUUCACCACAGAGCAGCAGGACCACGUGAAGUCGGUGGAGUACCUGCGCAGCAACUUCAGGCCAAUCCAGAGCUUAGACAACCGUCAAGUCUUCAAGUCAGCUGUCAAGGACGCCUGGCUGCCAGACUUGACGGAUAGUGGUGGGAGCCCAUAUGGCACAGAGGCAUCCAGAGUUUGUAGCAGCGCUCCCAUCAACAUGAAGGUGCAGCAGUUUAACAGCAGCGCGCUGGUGGUGCGCUGGGCGCGUCCUGAGGUCACCUACCACCCCCCCAUCCUCCACUUCCUGGUGUCCUACAGCUGGACGGCCCACGACGACAGCUACGAGGAGAUGCACCUCACAGACGCCAAACACAAGCUGGAGGCAUUCAUUUCUCCAGUCUCCCCUGUCAUAUUAUACCUGUUCCGUGUGCAAGCCGUGUGCAUGAACGACAUGCGCAGUGACUUCAGCCAAAGCGUGCUAAUCCAAGCAAACACCACAAGGAUCUUUGAAGGAACCAGGAUAGUGAAAACUGGAAUGCCGACUGUCUCUCCUGCCUCUUCAGCCGAUAUGGCUCCCAUCUCUUCUGGCUCCUCUACCUGGACCUCCUCCGGUCUCCCCUUCUCUUUUGUCUCCAUGGCAACAGGAAUUGGCCCCUCCUCAAGUGGUAGCCAAGCCACCGUAGCGUCGGUGGUGACCAGCACACUUUUAGCUGGCCUGGGCUUCAGCGGCGGGGUCAUAUCCUCCUUCCCCAGCUCCGUGUGGCCAACAAGGGCUCCUGCCCCAGCUACCACCUCCCACAGUCCCACCUCUGCCACUGGUGUACGUCAGACCACUGAACCAGCCGGCUCCCCAGAACCAACCAAAGAUGCUACCACAACAACUGCCAAAGACAAUGCUGAAGUGGGAGAGGACAAAGAGAAGGGUAAAGGCCAAGGUGAGGAAGGAGAAAGGGAAGAAGAGGAGAAGGAAGAAGAGGAAGAGGAAAAUGAGAAAGAAGACAAGAAGGAAAAGAAAGGGGCAGCCAGUGAAGUUGAGAGGCAUACCACCAGCACAGCAGUGCUACAGCCCCCAAGUGACACGCCCGCCUCUAAAGCCAAAGAGAAAGAACGGCCCAGUUUAAGCACCACACCGUCACCCUUUUCUACAGCGUCACCAAGUGUUGUGGAGGACCAACUGGUAACACACAAGCAGAAUACAGUGGAGCUGGCUACUGCAGCCCCAACAGCUACAGAAGCAGCCAAUGAGACAGCAGAGUUCCCAGCGCCUGGCAGCCCCUCGACUACUCUACGGCCCAAAACGAAGGGGGACAAGAGUCACUGGCCCUUCUCCAUCCACACCGACCGUCCGAGUGUGGCUACCAACCUGACUCACCAGGGGAGGUCUGGAGCUGGGGUGGGGUUGGGACGAAUGGAGUGGCUGGUGCCCUUGGCUGUGGUGUCAGCACUAACCUUCCUCUGCCUCACCCUGCUGCUGGCUGUGCUCGUCUAUUGGAGACGCUGUUUUCAGACAGCUCAUUUUUACGUGGAGGACAGCAGUUCACCUAGAGUGGUGCCCAAUGAGAGCAUUCCCGUCAUCCCAAUCCCAGACGACAUGGAUGCCAUUCCAGUCAAGCAGUUUAUCAAACACAUCUCUGAACUCUACUGUAAUAACCAGCAUGGCUUCUCAGAAGAUUUUGAGGAGGUACAGCGUUGUACUGCAGACAUGAAGAUCACAUCGGAGCACUCCAACCAUCCAGACAACAAGCACAAGAACAGAUACAUCAACAUAGUGGCCUAUGACCACAGCAGGGUGAAGCUGCGGCCCCAGGCUGGAAAAGACUCCAAACACACUGACUACAUCAAUGCCAACUAUGUGGAUGGAUAUAAUAAGCCUAAAGCCUACAUUGCUGCCCAGGGUCCUCUCAAGUCCACCUUUGAGGACUUCUGGAGGAUGGUGUGGGAACAAAACACCGGCAUUAUUGUCAUGAUCACCAACUUGGUGGAGAAAGGAAGAAGAAAAUGCGAUCAAUACUGGCCUACAGAGAACAGUGAAGAGUAUGGCAAUAUGGUGGUCACACUGAAAAGCACCAAAGUACACGCCUGCUACACUGUCCGCCGCUUCACCCUGCGUAACAGCAAAGUCAAAAAGGGUUCAAAGGGCAACCCUAAGGGGAGGGCUCAGAGUGAGCGGACAGUGCUUCAAUACCAUUAUACCCAGUGGCCAGACAUGGGUGUUCCAGAGUACACCCUACCUGUCCUCACAUUCAUUCGCAGGUCCUCAGCUGCCCAGACACCAAGCAUGGGCCCCAUGCUUGUUCAUUGCAGUGCUGGAGUGGGUCGGACGGGGACAUACAUCGUCAUUGACAGCAUGCUGCAGCAGAUCAAAGACAAGGGCACAGUCAACGCUCUCGGCUUCCUCAAACACAUCCGCACCCAGCGCAACUAUCUCGUCCAGACUGAGGAGCAGUACAUUUUCAUCCAUGAUGCCCUGAUGGAGGCCAUUCAGGGAAAGGAGACAGAGGUAGCAGCAGAUCAGCUACACAGCUACGUCAACAGCAUCCUGAAGCCAGGGCGUAGUUGCAGGACACGCCUAGACAAACAGUUCAAGUUGGUAACACAAUGCAAUGCGAGAUUCGUGGAAUGCUUCAAUGCUCAGAAAGAGUGCAACAAAGAGAAAAAUCGAAAUUCCUCGGUUGUGCCAUCGGAGCGUGCACGGGUGGGACUGGCACCUUUGCCCGGCAUAAAAGGCACAGAUUACAUCAACGCCUCUUACAUCAUGGGUUACUACCGGAGCAAUGAGUUCAUCAUUACCCAGCACCCCCUGCCUCACACCACCAAAGACUUCUGGAGAAUGAUCUGGGACCACAACGCACAGAUCAUUGUCAUGCUGCCUGCCAACCAUGGACUGGCAGAGGAUGAGUUUGUAUACUGGCCUAGCAGGGAGGAGGCCAUGAAUUGUGAGGCCUUCACCGUCACCCUCAUCAGUAAAGAUCGACUGUGUCUGUCCAACGAGGAGCAGAUCAGCAUCCACGACUUCAUUCUGGAGGCCACACAGGAUGACUAUGUGUUGGAGGUGCGUCACUUUCAGUGCCCCAAGUGGCCAAACCCUGACGCGCCCAUCAGCAGUACCUUUGAGCUCAUCAACAUCAUCAAAGAGGAGGCUGCGACUCGCGAUGGGCCGACCAUCGUUCACGACGAGUGGGGUGCGGUGUCUGCAGGCAUGGUAUGUGCCCUCACCACCCUGUCGCAGCAGCUGGAAAGCGAGAACGCUGUGGAUGUCUAUCAGGUGGCCAAGAUGAUCAACUUAAUGAGGCCCGGGGUCUUCACAGACAUUGAUCAGUACCAGUACCUUUAUAAAGCUCUACUGAGCCUGGUCAGCAACAAGGAGAACGGCUCGGACCUUCUGGCCAGGGACAUUAACGGAACCAUGGCGUCCAUGUCCGACCAGUCGGACCAGGCAGAGAGCAUGGAGUCACUGGUCUGAGGAGAUCCUGGCGCUCUGACAACCCUACAGGGCCGAGAAGGGAGGCACUUAACUUUGUAAAAUGUCAAGAAACUAUUGUGGACAAGAAUUUUCAAGGCCUUUUUUGCCAGACUCUUGGUUAAGAUGAAUAACCUGAUUACUUUUUUACACUGAUAAAAAAGUUUUUGAUAUUUAUUUUUUUUCGCCAUUAUAUGUCUUAAUGUCCUCCUACUGAAGGGUUUGCACCUGCGUUUUUCAGUUUCACAAUGGCGACAGCGACGAGAAACACUUUGUCUUUUCUUGUUUGCACUAUAUAAUGUCAGUGUUACUGCCUAUACUGAAGCUGACUCACUCGGCUUUUCCUCCACUCCUGCUCUGAUUUUUUUUUUUUUUUUUUACAUUCCAUGACUAUGGCCCUAAAUCAACUGUUUCUGUGAAGAACCCCCCCCCCCCCAGCACGGUGACUUACUUUUUAGACAGCGGACGGGGAAGGCAAGAAAUCCUCCUAUCCAUCGCUUGAUCGAAUACUCCCCAUAGACUUCUGUGCUUAUCUUCAUGUACCACUCGGUCCGGGCGCGGGUCUCGGUUCUUCUUCGAGUAGCCCUUGUUUUAAGUUGUUCCUCUUCUCUUUGUUUUGUCUCUCGUCUCAUUUUCCACACUAAUGUCAAAGUACCUGAGGUGGUGUAACAACUGCUGCUGUGAACUUUUAUCACGACAUAUAAAAUUCAUCUUUAUAAUUAUGACUUGGUGAUUUUGUCUCUCGCGGCCUCCGACCUUCAGGCCGGUUGAUUUCCACCGGCCGCCCGCCACCCAACUCGCUCACAUAUGGUGAUUGGCUCCCUCUUCUGAAAUGGACCCCUUUUGCCCUGUCCCAUUAUCGUAUGCUGCUAAGUCAUCCAAAAAAAAAAAUCAUAAACACAUUCUCAGGCACAUGUACACACACACACACACUCACAGACCAGUACAGAGAUUUUUCGACGUCGUCACGACUAAGGAAACUUCUGAAGUGUCUCGACAGAUAAUGCAGCAACUUGCCAUUCCUUGCUUUUAGGAAACGAGAGUUGUGCGAGUCGCUCUCAGUCACGGCUCACUCUUAGAGAGGUGCAAAACACUUGCUCCAAUCUCCAAAGGCCUUGUGUAUAUAGUUUUCCGCUCAACGCUUCUGCUCGAGUUUGUAGUACCGCCGCUGCUGUCCCUGCAGAGGCGGCCGUGAUGGUUUGUGGCCUACGCCAGGACAAAGCCGCUGUGCUCCUGGAGUCCGAACGUAAUGUACAGUUUUAUCCCUUCGGUUGCGAUGCCCUCGGAUGUGGACGCAUUCCGGUUUCCUCCGAUUUGUCCGGAUGGUAUGAUUUCAAUCUCAUUUUUUUGAAGAUGUACUUUUUUUUUCCUUUAUGAUCGAUGGUGUAAGAUGUACACGUGCGACUUGCAUUUAAGUGAAAAUGUGAACAGGAAGUUUUUACACAGCACAACGUCAUUAUAUUCAGACUCAUCUCUGUCCGACGUCUGUUGGCAAAAACGGCGGGGCUACAUGACGUUUAAGUUUUAACUUUUACCAAAGACUCAAAUCCUUUCCAUGCAGAAAAGAGUUAGAGCAAUCUUUUUCUUUUUUUUUUAUGUUUUUUUUUUAUCCCUUCCCCCGGUCCAUAUUCCACAAAUUCUCAGCCAAUAAUCCAGUCACGGUCACCAGUAUCGUUUUCUUCAGACACUCCCAAUUGUGGGAAUGGUUUUAUUUAAGGGUUGCAUACAGCGGAAGAGCGGCACGGUGGCGCAGUGGUUAGCGCGGUCGCCUCACAGCGAGAAGGUCCCGGGUUCGAGCCCCGGGGUGGUCCAACCUUGGUGGGUCGUCCUGGGUCGUCCCGGGUCGUCCUCUGUGUGGAGUUUGCAUGUUCUCCCCGUGUCUGCGUGGGUUUCCUCCGGGGGCUCCGGUUUCCUCCCACAGUCCAAAGACAUGUAGGUCAGGCGAAUCGACCGUACUAAAUUGUCCCUAGGUAUGAAUGUGUGUGUCUGUGUGUUGGCCCUGUGAUGGCCUGGCGGCCUGUCCAGGGUGUUUCCCCGCCUGCCGCCCAAUGACUGCUGGGAUAGGCUCCAGCAUCCCACGACCCUGAGAGCAGGAUAAGCGGUUCAGAUAAUGAAUGGAUGGAUACAGCGGAAGACAUACUGAAGGAUAGAAAAAGGAUAGAAAACCAAAUUUUAAAGGAAUGCUGCAUAAAACACUUUGUACUUUCUUUUGUUUCUCCUGCAUUAUAUCUCAUCUAAAUGGGCCACCAUUGAUGAAUUAUGUGUAACCACGGGAUGAGUAUGGGAUAUACUGAAAGCUUAACACGUUCUCCUGUCCUGGGCUUCCGCCGAGGACACCGUCACUACCCGAAUCAAGUGUUGUGUGUUGCCUUGGAAACGUAGACACAGGUGUGCUGUCAAUAAGAAGUGUAUAUAUUUUGUUGCUUCUGUAACCAAGCCUUCUCUGGAAACUUUUGUAUCAAUUCACUGUGUCAGAGGAAACAUAGUAUAAUCUGAAUCAUCCUGAUUUUUUUAUUUUUUUGCAUCUCGGUUUCCGCCAUCGUUUUUAUUCUCUGCAAAAGAAAUGUUUUGCAAUCCUUUUUUUUUUCUAAUAGCAGUCAUCAUUUGUGCAUUUCCUGUGUUCACUUCUGCAGAUUUAUUCCUGCAAGAUUUUCAUGGGCGCACAGACAUUUCUGGUAUGAUUAAUCAACGGAACGGUUAUGACAGAAUUUUAAUAUUUUCAUCUGUAUCUGUGUAUUCUAUUUCUUUUCUUUUUUUCUUCCUCUGUCGUUUAAAAUCGCCUCGCGGCACUGCUUUUGUGUUGAAACGCGUGGAAACCAGGUCUCUGUGCAUUGAGCUUGUGGUUGUCAUCACAUUCCAGUUUUUGCAGUUUCACGCCUCCCAUUAUCUUUCAGGCAGUGAUUGUGAUAUUACAAUGUUAAUCCUUUGUUUUGGGAUUUUUAUUUUUUCUCUCUCCAUCCUCUGGAGGCAAGAAUUCUGUUGUCUAGGUAUACAAUGGAUCGGGUCUCUCUUAAGUCACUGAAUUAUUUCCUCCUAUUGAUUCGUUUUGAACAGAUGGCUGUUCCUCCCUCUUUUGUAACAUGACGUUAGACAACAAAAAAAAGUUUUGUUUUGUUGAAAGCUAUAUCAACGCAUUCUAUUAUAGUGUUAUUUAAUAUGUAAAUGGUAUUGCUAUACAUAAAAUAAAAUAUGGGUUUUGGUGUA